AUGUCAACACCUACCACGGCCACGGCCACGCUUCCACACUACCAUCAUCCUCACCAUUAUCCGCAAUCAUACGCACACUCGCACUCGCACCAUCAGACAUACCAGCCAAACCACAGCGCCAACUACCGUCCCGCUGCUUCGAAUCAGAAUAUUUUACCUCCUCCGGUUUCUUCAGCUGUCUCGCCCUCCCACAGUGCCAUUCUGCCUCCUCCGUACCAACUCUCACCUUUGGCGUACUCAUCCUCAGGAUCGAAUGGUAUCGGCCUGACACAUUCGUCGACUUCUCGCUCUGCACAUCACGUCCAGGAACCUAGCCCGCGAAACGACGCGGGUUAUUCGACUGGCACCAUGGCUGAGCCUGCCUCUGCUUCCAACGCGGAGCCCUCUAGAAAGCGUCGUCGCUCUCGCGAACCCGAUUGGAAUACUUUUUACAAGAAUGGUCUCCCUAAGGAAAUCAUCGUAAUUGAUGAUACGCCCGAACCUGAAGCAAAUACCAGCCGGAAGAUUACGAAUAGUACUGUUACCGCGCCCAACGAUAAUACGAACCGUCAAGCGGCCAAGAAGAGGAGACGAGACGAAGAAACUGGCACUGUCCAGGCUUCGGGCUACCACAUCAAAUACCUUGGAUCAAAAAACAACACCCCGGCGCAGGUUUCAACGCCUGCUGGCUCAUCCAAUUCGAGUAGUGACCGCACCAAUUCUGCUCUUAACACUACUGCCCCGACUUCACUCUCGUCCAACGGCCAGUACGAGGAUGCGGCUCCUCUCAAGCGAAAGCGCACCCGUCAGCAGGUGGCUAACGAAGCCAAGCGUCGCGAUGUUGAUGGUUUUGGAGAUCAAUUCACCUACAAGCCUCCACCCUACCCUCCUAAGAAGGCUGGCGAGGUUAAUGUUCAGGUUAUCCAUGACCGACAUUAUAACAAGAACGUCAAGGUCGAUGACGAUGACGGUCAUUAUAUUGUCAUUCCCGAAGCCGAACUUACAGAGAAGUACCAAAUCGUCCGCCUUCUAGGUCAAGGAACCUUUGGCAAAGUUGUUGAAGCCCGCGACCGCAAACGUAACAAAGCUGUCGCCGUCAAAAUCAUUCGAUCAGUCCAGAAGUACAGAGAUGCCUCCAGGAUUGAGCUUCGCGUUCUUGAGACUCUGAAACGGAAUGACGAGGAGAACCGUAACCGAUGCAUCCAUUUACGAGACUGUUUUGAUUACCGCGGCCACAUCUGUAUCGUCAUGGAUCUGCUUGACCAGAGCGUCUUCGAUUUUCUCAAGGGCAACGGCUUCGUUCCUUUCCCCAACAGCCAAAUCCAAAGUUUCGCGCGCCAGCUGUUCACCAGCGUUGCCUUUUUGCACGAUCUCAACUUAAUCCAUACAGAUCUCAAGCCUGAGAACAUCUUGCUGUGUGACCACGCAUACCAGACCUUUACUUAUAACCGCAAGAUCCCUUCAUCUUCUUCAACCAUUAACCGCCAGGCUACGCAACGCCGUGUUCUACUCGAUACCGAAAUCCGAUUGAUCGAUUUCGGUUCUGCCACGUUCCAAGACGAAUACCACUCUUCAGUCGUUUCAACACGCCAUUAUCGAGCCCCAGAGAUCAUCCUCGGUUUGGGCUGGUCAUUCCCCUGCGAUAUUUGGAGCAUAGGAUGCAUCCUGGUCGAGUUCUUCACGGGUGAUGCUCUCUUCCAGACACACGAUAACCUUGAACAUCUGGCAAUGAUGGAGGCAGUCGUUGGGUCACGAAUCGACAGCCAUCUCGUGCAGGCUGUUAACAAGAUGUCGACUCGAAACAGCGGUAAUGCCGCUUCCAAAUAUUUCAAGCGUCUCAAGCUCGAUUAUCCUACACCAGAUACAACUCGUGGCUCUCGUCGUUUUGUCAAGGCCAUGAAACAUCUUGACCACAUCAUUCCUGGAAACAACCCUUUCCUCAAGAACUUUGUUGAUCUGCUCAAAAAGAUCUUUGUAUAUGACCCUGCUCAGCGUAUUACUGCGAAGCAAGCGUUGCAGCACCCGUGGCUCAAAGAGAUGGCCCAGCCCGAUGAUGGUACGGAGGCUGCUAAGAUCCGCCAAGAGAGGUUACGGAUGGAGCAGGCUUCAAGAAAUCAAUAUGUCCGUUGA